UUCCACGCUGGAAAUAAAUCGUUGAUUGAUCCAACAUUUAAAUGGCACGUGGAAAUUUUAGCUUGUCGUCUCCCUAGUAUAUAUAAACUUGUGCCGAUAUAUGAAAUUAAAAGAAAAAAGACCGAAGCUUGAGACUUAUUAAAGAAAUUUAGUGCAGAAAUUAAGAAAACCAUGGGAUUAUUUCUAUCCAGAUUAACCACUCUUUUUGAGUCUUUUUCCUCCGGAUCACCAGCAAGAAUAGUUAUGCUUGGUUUAGAUGCUGCUGGGAAAACGACUAUUUUGUACAAGAUUAAACUGAACGAGAAUGUGUGCACCAUACCUACCAUAGGUUUUAAUGUGGAGACAGUAUCCCCGGUAAAGGGCGUGUCCUUCACGGUCUGGGACGUCGGGGGUCAGGACAGAAUUAGACCGUUAUGGAAACACUACUACCAAAACACUGAAGGUCUGGUAUAUGUAGUAGACAGUAACGACAGAGAGAGGAUAGCGGAGUCACGUGAAGAACUGUUCGGAAUCCUCCAAAACGAUGAAAUGAGAGGAGUUCCGGUGGUGGUCAUCGCUAACAAACAAGAUCUUCCAAAUGCUCAAAGUACCUCGCAGGUGGCAGACCUCAUGUGCUUAAACAAGCUGACGUCACGAAAAUGGUUCAUUCAAUCCGCUUGCGCAACAACAGGAGAAGGCAUAUAUGAAGCCAUGAAUGAAUUAGCAACUAUGGUUAAAGUGUAUAAGAAGGGGCUUAAAUGAAACCGUUCACCAGGAGUAUCUGUUAUAAGUCAUCAAGGGAGUGUUCAUUAACUUAUAUCUGUAUCCUCUACAUCCAUACAUGGAGGCGCUUCCAAGUCAGCAGAUAUCCAAACUGCGGUGUAGCCGGGUGAACAUCGGCUGAUACAACAUAAGCUGUAUCCGUGUGAAUAUUGGACGAUACAACACAACAAGCUAUCGUGGGAACCAGUCAUUAUCAAUGAGAAACAACAUUGUUUAGAUCAUGAUUACACAAUCUCAUUACUUGUUCUUUACAAUAGCUGUUUCCAUGACUAACGUGUUUGUGGAGUCAUUCCAACACUUAUUAUUGAAAUUGUUCUUGUUUUUGUGAUCAUUGGUUAUUGUUUUUCAUAAAGAAUAAAAAGUGAAGAAAAGAUA